CACUAACCAGCAAUAGACCAAAGGUCCAUGAUUAUUUUUUCUCACUGUUACUCUUCUGUUUAACCAUUCUAUAAAUAGUGAUGCAGCUUCUACCAUUCAGAUUCCCCCCACCACUCCCUCCUAAUCCUCCUCCUCUUCACUCUUUCUCUCCUCAGAAAAAGAGUGAUAAUAUAUACUAUACUAUAUCAUAUAAUUAUUAUAUAAUACUAUUAGUACAAACACUUGGUAAAGCAAAUAUUCUUAUUUCAUUUCAAGUGUCUUCACCAAUAUUCUAUAUGGCUCUAUUAUCACAUAACCAACAUUAUCCUCAGCCCUUCUUAUGCGUCAUACUCUUCCUCAUUUUCAAAGGGGUUUUAGUUUCAGGGGCAACAUUUACAUUUAUGAACAAGUGUGAUUACACAGUAUGGCCAGGAAUUUAUGGAAGACCGGAACUUGGAACUACUGGUUUCGAGCUCGCAAAAGGAACUUCCAGAACCUUCCAAGCACCAACCGGAUGGUCAGGUAGAUUCUGGGGAAGAACCGGCUGCCAAUUCGAUGACUCCGGCCACGGAACUUGCUCAACUGCAGAUUGCGGCUCUGGAGAAAUUGCUUGCAACGGUGCAACAGCCUCACCGCCGGCAACAUUAGCUGAAUUCACAUUAGGAACUGGCUCAAUGGACUUCUACGAUGUAAGCCUUGUAGACGGUUACAAUCUCCCGAUGUUAGUUGCCACGAGUGGCGGUACAGGGCCGUGUGACGUUACAGGUUGCAGUUCCGAUCUUAAUAAGAAAUGUCCGUCCGAGUUGAGGGUGGAUGACGGUGGUGCGUGUAAUAGUGCUUGUGGCGCGUUUGGGAAACCGGAAUAUUGUUGUAACGGCGCGUUUAGUAACCCUGACACGUGUAAACCUUCCGUGUAUUCACAAAUGUUCAAAUCUGAGUGUCCUAAAGCUUAUAGUUACGCUUAUGAUGAUAAAACUAGCACUUUUACUUGUUCUGGUGCUGAUUAUACAAUCACAUUUUGUCCCUUUUCACCAAGUCUAAAGUCAGCAGCCGAUUCAUCUACUAAAAAUCCGAAUGAAACGGAUAGUUCUGCUUCGGGAGCCGACCCGAAUCAAUCAGAAAUGGCUUCAGCUUCAUAUCUAGCUGAUAUGGCUAUAGCUUCGGGAGCUUCUACUAGAAGCAUAACUUCAAUGGUUUCUUUGUUGUUGGUGGUGGUUGGUUUCAUUUUUACUAUUUUUUAUGUUUAGUUGUAAUUUGUAUCCUUAUCUUUCUUUUAGAAAGCAUAUAAAUAGAAAUAGAAAGAUACGGUUGGUAAAAUUAGUAUAGUGAAAAAGAUAAUUUUGAUUGUUAGUUAAAUUGAAUUAUGUCUAAAGUAAUAAGCAAUCCAAUGAUUAAAUUGUUGUAUAAUUUUGUUAUGGUUUGUGGUGAUGAAUUCUUCAA